AUGUUGCUCUCUAACGAUAGAGUCAUUCCUCUUGCCCCCGGGUCAGAGGUCCUUGUCAGAAGAGCCUCCGAAAGAAACGAAGACCGCACUCCACAGUUAAACAAUCUCUUCUUCAAAAACAGCCAUUUGUCAAAGACCCAUGCUGCCAUCAAGAACAUCGAUGGCUCUUUCUACAUCAAGGAUUUGGGUUCGACUUUUGGUUCAGUACUUAACAACAACUUCAUUGUAAAGGAUGCUUUCUUCAGACUUUCAAACGGCGACAAAGUCGGAUUCGUGAUCUCGAAGCCAUCAGCUACGAUUUCGCUGGUGUUAAAGAAAUACAAGACUAAGAAAUUGAUCCCAUUGACAGAGUUCUCUUCUCCCACUGUAGCUCUUAAUUUUGAAGUCAGGAUCAGUGGCACAGUCAUUAGGUUUAUUCCAGACAAAGAAGAGAAGGCGGAGAAGGAGGAAAACGAAGAUGAAAAGGAAGAAGUUACGAAAACUGAAACUACAACUACAACUGAAACCACUAUUCCUUCUUCUGCUAAAUCAUCUUCCAUCUCUAUCUCUGCUUCUGCUACUCCUGGUGCUGUAGAAAGAAGGGAUGAUGAUGUCGCAGAAGAUGCAAAUGCCCUGAAAGAUUUAGAGGAAGACGAUGAAGACGAUGAAGACUAUGACGAAGACGACUUGUACUACUCUCACUGUUGUCCUGGUAGUCUGGGAGUCAUCCAGCGCUACGAUCCUCCUGAAGAUUCUUUCAGCAAGACUCAAGAGUUUGAUCUCUCCGACGAAGAAGAAAUCAACGCAUACGACAGUCUCCUUGGAGAAAUCAACAGCAGAAGGAAGUUUGACUCUGAUGAAGAAGACGAAGAAGAGGAAGACGUUGACUCUGAUGAAGAUGCUGAAGAGGAAGAUCUGCUUAUUAUCGAAAUCAGUGAAGACAGGCUCAGUUCUUCUGAAAUAUCAGAAGAUGAAGAAGAAGUUCAAGAAGACGAGGAAGAGGGAGAAGAAGAAGAAGAAGAAGAAGAAGAUAACGGUGAAGAUCAGGAUGAAGAUAAUGAAGAUGCCGAAGAUGACGAAAUGGUCUAUGUAUGCGAUUGCAGUGAUUUGUUCUCUGACAAUUACAACUCUGAUGGUGAUGUUUUCUUGGGCAAACAAAUUUACAUUGACGAAGACGAUGACGACUCCGAAGUUGAUGGAGGUUUCUUUGAAGACAACACUACAGAAUACUGUUCGUCAGAUGUAGAAGGUGAAUCAGCAAAUGAUAUUCCAGCUAAGAAAUCAAAGACCCGUGGCUGUAUCGGUUGCGUUCCUCCAUCAUUUCAAAAUCGUUACCCAUGUGGAGAUUUUGCAUGCGGAAUUUCAAGGAAGAGAACUUUUGAAGAAAUGUCUACUCCAGAAUUUGAAGAUGAAGAGGAUGAUGUCGCUGAUGAAACGAAACCAGCAAAGAAAGCUAAACCAUCCAGCACUUUUAAGACGAUUGUCAAAGAAGUUGCAAAAGCUUCUUUGUAUGUGUUGGCCACUAUGACUGCUCUUGGUAUAUAUGGAAGUACCAUUGCUGAACCAGAGUAA